CAUUCAAAGUGUAUUUUCAUUAAUUCUGUGGAUAUAAUAUCGCAUCUGUAGGUUAUAAAUAUCGAAGAUUUAUCGAUUUGUCAUUCGAUCAAAUAUUUAUUCUCAUUAUGUUGUCCCGAAAAAAUAAGGAUUUGAGAACGAUUAAAGAGGGAGUUGUUGGUAAAUAUGUUAAAAAAGAAACUCCACCUGAAAUGCCAAUUAUUAAUGUAUGGACAACAGAACCAAAUAGAAGAACAAGGAAUCGUAAUAAUCAUCCAACUAUUCCUACAUCCAUGGUAAAUAUCAAUGUGUAUAUUAUAAAUACUAAGACAACAAUGAGUGCAGUAGGUUUAGGAAGUCAUGAAGGAAAAUAUACUCCUAAUAGUUCUGUUCCAGAUCUAGCACAGAGAUUUGCUAGCCUUUCGGUUAAUACUAGUACAAGAGAUGGCAUGUCAUCUCGUACUGCAACUCCAAUGUAUCAUUCUGGAUUGUCACCUGCUAUAUCUCAUACUUAUGUUAAUCAGUAUGCUGGAUCUGAAUAUCAUUUAGAUCGGGUUCAAACGCCACAAAUGCCUUAUAAGCCUUUUGACAUUGAUUCGGGUUAUGAUGAAUACAAUCAUUCUGCAUAUCGUCAGAACACAGGAUAUAGUCGUUGCCAUUCAGAAAGAUCAAGCUCUAGAAAUGAACAGCAAGAAGAACUUCCUUUACCUCCUGGAUGGUCUGUGGAUUUCACACUAAGAGGUAGAAAAUAUUAUAUAGAUCAUAAUACAAAAACCACUCAUUGGUCUCACCCUCUUGAGAAGGAAGGCUUACCUACAGGUUGGGAAAGAAUAGAAUCACCUGAAUAUGGUGUUUAUUAUGUUAACCAUAUUACACGGCAAGCACAGUAUGAGCAUCCAUGUUAUCCUCACGAAAUACAAGCAGUGCGCGUUGUAUCACCUCCGCGUCAUACGCAUUUUCACUCUCACAGCGUUUUAGUUCCAGCUAAUCCUUACCUUAAUGAAGAAAUACCUCAUUGGUUAUAUGUAUACAGUAGAGCAUCAGUAGCAUUAGAUCGUAAAUUACGAUGGGAACUCUUCCGUUUACCGGAACUUGACUGUUUUAACGCUAUGCUUACUAGAUUAUAUAAACAGGAACUAGAAGAAGUGGUUAUGCGUUAUGAAGAAUACAGGUCAGCUUUGUUGUGCGAAAUAGAACAAAGAUUAAAGGAAUUAAAUCCAGAAACUUCUGGAGCAAUUGCUUUACGACAAUCUCUUCCUUGAAUAAACCUCUUUGUAUA